UGCCUCAGAGAAUUGCAAAACUUUGAUGGAAAACAUGAAGAUAUUAGUGUGAACUGGUUGGCAUUUUCUAAACUUCACAAACCGCUCUUCACUGAACAUGGCUCUGUUAGGUUUUCAAACACAAACCCACCAACAGAUGAAAACAACAACGCUUACUGCGAGUUUGUGCAGUUUGUACGAAGUUAUAGCAUUACACCAUCAGUCCUGAUAUCAGCCAAUCACAGCACAACAGGAAGUGGAAACUUGGCACCAGUUCAUAACGGUAUCACAACAUGGAUUGAGAACAUGAAUACGUCUGGAUUCAGAACUUGUGUCAAGGAACUGUAUGAGACAAGAUAUGAUCCAGUGUCAGUUAGUUAUGCCGUCGUAACAGACAUCUGUGAUCCUGGUUGGAGCUACUUUAAUGGCUACUGCUACUUUACAAGUGUCAGUUGUACAAACUGGACCACAGCGGUGCAAAAAUGUCGACAAGAAGACUCGGUCCUUGUUGAUGUCAGCAGCAAUGAAGAGAAUGUCUAUUUACAGCAUCGACAUAAUGGCGCCAAAUCUUGGCUGGGCUUGAAUGAUAGAACCAUAGAAGGCAACUUUACUUGGGAGGAUCGAGGAGAAGGAAACUUUACAGCUUGGGCCAAAAAUCAACCAAAUAAUUUCAGAGGAGAAGAUUGUGUGCACGCACUUGGUGUGGAAUACAGCUAUGAAUGGAAUGACGUGCAGUGUAGCGAUUGUCAUCCCUACACUUGUAAGAAAGAUCUAAAUGAAUGUGAUAGAAAUACAAAUGACUGUCAUCAGCAUGCCAGUUGUAGAAAUGAACGUGGAUCAUAUUCAUGCAAGUGUAACCAUGGUUUUAUUGGAGAUGGCUUUAAGUGCGGUCUUCAGGGUUCCUGUUCGGUGAUCAGAAAAUACCUGAGCAGUGUAAGCGGAAAUUACAAAAUUGAUCCAGAUGGACUGAGAGGCCUGGCACCGUUUACUGUUUACUGCGAUAUGGAUGACAAAAAUGGAGUUGGCGUGACAGUCAUCAGUCACGACAGUGAAAGCAGAAUGUCAGUGAAAGGAUGUGAAUCUGGAGGUUGUUACUCACGUGACAUUCAUUACACAGGAGCGAGUCUUUCGCAGCUGGCGGGUCUCACCAGAGUCUCGUCACAAUGUGAACAGUUUAUCAAGUACGAGUGCCAUGGCUCAACAAUGUCUGGGGGAUAUGCCUGGUGGGUGUCACGUGAUUCUAGUAAGAUGACCUACUGGGGCGGAGCGUCACCUGGCAGUGGUAAGUGCGCAUGCGGGAUGACCAACUCAUGUGAUAGCCCAAGUUAUGGUUGUAACUGUGAUUGGGAUAACCCAGUAUGGCGUGAAGACAGCGGUCUCCUGACUGACAAGACACAUCUGCCAGUUAAACAGCUCAGGUUUGGGGAUACAGGCGAUAGCGGUGAGCAAGGUUAUCACACACUGGGAAAACUGAAAUGCUAUGGUAUAGCAUAAACAUUAUUCUAAUGCAGGUUUCUCAACAUUAGAGCUUUUAAGAUGCAAAAAUGUUUGGCCAAGCCCAUCAGAAGGUUUGGCUUUUUGUAGGAAUGUACGGACUACAAUCCAAGUCAUAGCAGCAAAAAUGGCAAAAAAAA